UCUCUCACUGUAGACAUUAACUGUACAGGCAUCACUCAACUGGAUUUAACAGCCGUGUGAAACUCCACAAUGGCUUUUACACUUCAGACUGCCUUUUUGGUCAUAGCUACACUAUGUGUCCUGCAGCAAGGGUUUGGAUAUCCACUAUCUAAACAACCUGAAGCAUCUAGCAAUCCACCUGCUAUCAAAAGAGUCCGUACCAAACGCUGUUCCUGUAGUAGCUGGUUAGACAAUGAGUGCAUCUAUUUCUGCCAUUUGGACAUCAUCUGGGUCAACACACCAAAUAAGAUUACUCCGUUUGGUCUUGGAAGUCCUCUAUCUCGUCGCCGGCGUUCAACUAGUAGAUGUGAAUGUGCGAAUCCCACCGACCGUACCUGCUCCAGCUUCUGUCACACCAGUUCUGAAGAUCCAGAUAUGGAGUUUGUGACUCAACUUGAUAACCAGUCAAAUCACGUGGACAAAACUAGUGAUCAUCUGCUGUUGUCGCUCAGGAGGGUGGUAAAAGACAACCUCAUGACAGCUACACGAUUUGCUUCACCCAAGAAGAAAUCCAGGAUCAGCUAGACAGAGAGUGAGAUACUGCAGAAAGAAGAGAAAUGACUGUAGAAGUGAGCUUCUGAACAAAAUCAUUCCUGGAUGAAGAGGAUCUGCUUCUUGAGAGGAGGACAAAAGCAUGGCGGAUUCUCAGAAUUCCAGAUGAACUGAACCACUGAGGCACAAACCUUCAGAUACUUCAGUUGAGCUGGAGCCGAAACCACUGUUCGCUAAAGUGCAAAGAUGAUUUAUAUGGUGAAUAGAAGGACAUUUCCACUUUUACACCAGUGAACUGGUGGCAUAUGCCACAUGAGGGAGUAAACAUUUAGCUCAGAAAGGCUUUCUGAAAGCCUAAUCUAAUUUUUUGACACUAAAUG